UGUAAAACAACAACAAACAAAAAAAAAUAACAGUAAAACAUUUUGUGUGACCGUGAAUUUAAAUCAGCGUGGAACCAAGGUGCGAUAAACAUUUAAUUUCGACAACAAACGAGCUUGAACCAAGCAGUGAUUGAACGAGAACCAGGGCGCAAUAAACAAGACGAAACGCAAUUUCGGGAACAGAUGAACCAACCAACCAACGGGCAACAGCGGCAAUCGAGAGCAGCAAUAUGUGGGAUACGAAUCGCAUACCGCGAGAGGUCUCAAAAACAGAUAAGUACAAAAAGUUAGUUAACUAAGUGAUGACUUUCGAUAAAUUAGUGAACAAUCUUGAUCAGUUAACACGAAUAGAACAGAAUCUUAGGAAAUCUAUUAAUAAAAGUAUAACAGUAGAUACAUUACAGACAAAUUUAGAAAAAGCUUUUUGGUUGUUUAAUGAGAUAGAAACCGAAUUAAUAGAAAACCAAGAUAAAAUCCCUGAUAAGCAAUUUUUUAUUUAUAUCAAAAAAGCAAGAACUUCCAUUGACUAUAUUAAACAAGUAACACAUAGCAAAAUAGUAAUUCAACCGAAACCAAUUAUAAACCCAAUUUCCGAAAUCAUGCCUUUCGACGCGAGACUUGCCUCGUCAAUCUUAUUGCCAUUCGACGGUGAUUGUGAGAAGCUGUCUGCUUUCAAAGACAGUGUAUUUUUUUUAAAAACAACUCAAGCUGCCGACCUCCCAACGUUAAAGUUAUUCAUAUCUACGAGAAUAUCUGGAAAAGCGCGAGAUGCAUUGCCGAACGAUAUUACUGGAAAAUCAAUUGAAGAAAUUGUUGACAUAAUUAGCCAGCACUGUGAAAGCAAGGUAACUUCAGACCAAGUGAUCGCUAAACUGAAAGGUGUUAAAAAGGGUUCUCCAAAACAACAAUUUUGCGAACAAAUUGAAUCACUUUGCAAUCAGUUGACUAGAAUAUAUGUCAAAGAGGGCAUCCCACAGGCGACCGCAAAGAAAAUAGCCACAAAAUCAGGUAUCGAGGCGCUGGUAAAAACUGUUCCAACUGAAAAUGCGAAAAUUGUACUCCAAGCUGGCUCAUUCUCAAGUAUUGAGCAAGCCAUUCAGAAAUUUAAUGAAUUACCCGAUAACUCCGAGAACAAUGAACUUAACCGUAUCUUCAGCGUAAACGCGAACCAAACAAGAUAUCAAAAUAGAAAUCAACAUAGAGGUAAUGGAAGAUACGCCCCACGCGAUGCGGGAAAUAGCAAUUUUUACCCCCGUGGAACACCGUCUUACAAUCAGCGGUUUAACUUUAACAAAACCCCACCGCGUUUCCAAAGGCAAUUCUUCCCUAACGGUAAUUAUCGUGGAGGGCGACCAAACAGCCGUGGUCACCCACACCAGGGACAGCGCGAGUUAGCAACGGAGCUACCCGGUUGGCGUUAACCAAAAAUGCUGACGACCCAGCUGCAGCGAGUCGGUAACGGAGCCGCCAGAAUGGGUGCAGUGGAGAUUGCUGACGACGGCAUCGGGGCGGAUGUAACCAUCGGUCAUCGACGCGAUCCAGCUGUUUCGAUAUGCGACGACGAAAAGUGCUAGUGCAGGCAAAUGAAGUGUAGUUAAUAGAUAGAUUGUAAUAAAAGUUUAGUUCGAUUUCGGCUCUAGGGUAGUUAAGUAGCUUUUUUUAAAAAGAAACUUCCAUCCGUGAAAAUUUAACUGGAGGCUCCGGCGAGAUCCUCCAUAUCGGGAACAGUAUAAGUGAUAUAAGUGAAAUGUAAAAAUCUUUG